AUGGAGAGAGAAAAUGUGAGUUUUCCCAACACUUUUGUCCUGCUGGGCUUCUCAGAGUUUCCGUGGCUGGAGAGGCCCCUCUCUGCAGUGGUCCUGGUCACCUACAUCCUCACCCUGGUGGGGAACAGCUCCAUCAUCAUCCUCUCCCUGGUGGACCCCAGGCUCCAGAUGCCCAUGUACUUCUUCCUGGACAACCUUUCUCUGCUGGACCUUGGCCUCACCUGCACCAUUGUGCCCCAGCUGCUGGCCAAUCUGUGGGGACCAGAGAAGAGCAUUGCUGCCUGGGGCUGCAUCACACAGGUCUUCCUUUUCUGCUGGACAACUUCCACUGAAUGUGCCUUACUGGCUGUGAUGGCCAUUGAUCGUUAUGUGGCCAUCUGCCAGCCACUCCGGUACAUGCUCAUCAUGCAUCCCUGGGUGUGUGUGAAUAUGGCAGCUGCCACCUGGUCCAGUGGUCUGGCCAUUGCUCUGCUGCAAGCCACACUCACACUCCAUCUCCCCCUCUGUGGACACCACACCCUGGACCAUUUCUUCUGUGAGAUACCUGUGCUCAUCAACCUGGCCUGUGGGGACACCACAGCUAAUAAGCUGGCCAUCAUAUUGGCAUCUAUCCCACUAGGAAUGGUAAGUCCUCUGCUGGUGGUCAUCUCCUACACCUUCAUUACUAGAGCUGUACUGAAGCUACCUUCAGCUGAAGGCAGGCACAAGGCCCUCAGCACCUGCAGUUCCCACCUGCUGGUUGUCACCAUGUACUUUGGACCAGGCACCUACUUGUACCUCCAGCCUUCAACCAAACGUUCCCAUGCCAAAUUCAUGUCCUUCUUCUACUGCAUCAUUGCCCCAGUGCUCAACCCACUCAUCUACACCCUGAGAAACAAGGAUGUGAAAACAGCAUGGAAGAGGAUCCUGCAAACCCAGGGUGGGGUGAAGUCUAUAAAAGCCAGAAGAUCACUGUCUGUCUCCUAA